AUGCGGAGAGACGACCGGAUGGCCUCUCACAAUACCAGCCGCCUUCACUUCCCACGUCCCCGGGAGAGGAGGAAGGAGCACAGGAAACACGAGGAGCUGCCUGAAGGCCGGGCCUGGCCAAGGGGUCGGCCGCUGCAGAAGGGGGACGGCGCCCAGACCAGUGAGAACAAAACAAAGGAGGCAGGAGGUGACCAGUCUACCAAGGAAGGCCCUUUUCUCAGCAAAACAGAACCGCGAAGAGACACCAAAGCGUGCCAUUUCUCUCCUCGCCUCCUCGGAACAGACUGGAAGCUGCCGAUCCCCCCGGGGCCUGUUUAUCCACCAUUAAUCCCGAGUCUGAGCACCAGCGCUGUGGGACGAAGCUGGGAACUGUCUCCUCCCCUAGCAAAGAGCUUCCAGAUACACGAUCAGGGCCCUUUCUGGCACUUCUUGGACAUGAAGGCGGCGGAGAGACUGGCCGGCUGGAAGGAGCGUCGCAGUCGCUAUGGAGACAUCAACAGGCACGAAUGCUAUCAGCUCGGGCGCGUCUUCGCCCCUUUCCGGGCCCUGGCCACCACGGAGCUGCGAGGCCUGGCGCUUCCCCAGCACCUGCCCAUGAGCCUGCACAUGUGCAAAAUGGGCGUUUCGUGCGCCAACGAAAGGGAUCUCCAAGACUUACCUUUGUCUCCCACAGAGCUGGACUUGGAAAAGGGUGGCAAUAGCCCUGAGAAAGAGAAAGCAGUGAGCCAUAGCAGAACACCUUUAUUCCCGCCAAUAGUUAAAGCAACAAACUGUAAUAGCAUGAAAUAA